UAAAUGGCACUUUCUCUAAAGGAUGGUAUUUCCUUUGGUAUUACCCCAGAUUUAAACUCAAUUCUCACACAAAAAUUCCAUAUCCAAACAACUCCUAAAAUAAUAGAAUUUUUCCGAUUGAACCGAAUUCCAUCUAGGUCCAAUAACUUUCCAGGACUGUAUAGUCGUUAGAUUUCAUGGGCCCAAAAAUGCUCCUAAACCUGACCGAAACAGUGAACCUUGAAAAGGUCAGCUUAUUUCCAAGCCCACAUAGUAGGAACCCAAAUUUAUUUUUGCGCCUGCUCUGUAAAAUGUCGCUCGCAGAGAAGGUGUUCGAAGAAAUGCCUAAGAGGGAGGAAUGUUGCGUCUGAUCUCCAAAUUUGCUCUUCUGUCCCGCAAGCCCUUGUCGUCCUCGCUUUCCCGCCGCGUCUCGCCGCCUUCUAACGCUUGCGCUGCACAGUGGGAGAACCCCUUCUCGAAUUUAGCUCCCAGGACGAGACCGAGCUUGUCGAUAUGGAGGCGUAAGAAAGAGCUGGGCAAAGAGGGGCUGUUCGCCGCUAAGGAACUGAAACGGCUCCAACCCCAUCCCCUGCGCCUCGACCGAUUCAUCCAGUCCCACGUCUCUCGCCUUCUCAAGUCCGAUCUCCUAGCUGUACUCGCCGAGUUCCAGCGCCAAGACCAGAUCUUCCUCUGCAUGAAGUUAUACGACGUGGUUCGUAAGGAGAUAUGGUACAAGCCGGACAUGUUCUUCUAUAGAGACAUGCUCAUGGUGCUAGCAAGAAACAAGAAAGUGGAAGAAGUCGAGCAAGUGUGGCGAGAUUUGAAGAGAGAACAAGUUUUAUUCGAUCAGCAUACAUUUGGGGACAUUGUCAGAGCCUUUCUGGACAAUGGGUUGCCAUCAGAAGCAAUGAAGAUAUACGAUGAAAUGAGGCAGUCACCUGAUCCACCACUGUCAUUGCCCUUCCGAGUGAUGUUAAAGGGGCUGAUCCCGUAUCCAGAGUUAAGAGAGAAGGUGAAAGAUGAUUUCUUGGAGCUUUUCCCCAGCAUGAUUGUGUAUGAUCCAGCUGAGGAUUUGUUCGACGACGAUGAAGACGAAUCGCAGAGGGAGAGUGACUACGAUUAUUAGAGUGCUUUGAAGUUUUGGCUUCAUAUACUGUUGGCGACUGAUCCACGAAAAACCAGGAGCUGUCCGGUGAUAUUGUUCGAGUACAUCGGAAUUUGUAUGACGUGAUCCUACCUGAGAUAUGGAUGAUGCUCAAUCUAACUCAAGUGUUGAAAGACACAGUGCGGUUUGCUGUCAAUGCAGCUGGUUAUGAAGCUUUGUGGCUGAUGAACUAAUAGAGCAUCAUAUAUUCUUAUUGAUUGAGCACAUCAUGAGCUAUAUGCAGGCAGCCACUUGCGCCACCUGAGGUAAAACCUUGAGAGUAAAUUAUGUCAACAGUCAUUGCUGCGAGCUGUUGGUGCUUUAUUCCUUUUCAGUUUUAUGCUUUGUUUUGAUGGCCGCAUUCGUGUAGCCGGUUAGUUGUCAAUUGUCUAGCACAAUCAAGUUGUUUAGUGCUACUGAUUAGGUUGGUGAUAGAGGAGCCAUGAUAGUGUAGGAGAUUCAAGAAUCAUAUUUUCUCACUGUUUCCAUUGUCUAUCACAUCAGGAGAUUCAAGAAUCAUAUUUUCUCACUGGUUCCAUUGUCUAUUAUAUCAGGAGAUUCAAGAAUCAUAUUUUCUCACUAGUUUCAUUGUCUAUUAUAUCGGAUAUGUUAAUUUUGUUAUGCCUGGACGCUUUGGAUAGUAGAAUGAGAUGACAGUUUUUAGGUCUUGAGAUCUUGUUGAGUUUUGAAGGACAGGCUACACUUGUUUAGAGAGUGUCCUUAAAACCUCAAUGACAUUGAGUUUGAGCAUCUUUUCUAGCCCUUAAGGUAGAAACCAUAUGGACCUGUAUGUAUGUUAAUGAUUCUUUCAACUUAAGUUUCACUUUUUUCGACAUUCUCUCGGAUUGCAAUAUUUUGUCAUUCAGGUGAUGCCGAAGCAUACAAGUGAUACACGACAAUGUAAAAUAAAAUUUUCUAAAGAGCAAUCAUCUCUUGCUGGCGACCAAGCCAAAUGAAUAAGUGGAAACCAGAGUCAUAAAUUAUUUGUUGGCUAUAUCGUUGAUAUUGAUCUCAUUAGCCAUUGGAUUUCAUAUGAUUCGAUGCGUUGUAUUAGAAAAUCAAUUGCAAAUUCUACAUCUCCAGAGGAGAAAGUGGUGAUAUGAUAUGAUAAAGAUUUUAAAUUGAA